AUGGGUGAAGCAGUGGAUACGUUGGUGUGGCACCUUGGCAGUAGUGGUGUGCAAUCAAAUGAUCAAGAACAUGAAACACAACAAUUUUGCACUCAAGGUAGCGUAGAAACUAUUAACCUUGGUGAAGAAGUUGCAUCUGCAUCGGUUGCGAAAACGCCUAAACAAAGGUUCCAACAAAAAGAGGAUGAAGUUCUCAUUCAAUCAUGGCUCAACGUUUUAAAGGAUUCAAUUGUUGGGGUUGAUAAAAAAGGAUAUGGUUUUUGGAACAGGAUUGGCGAAGCUUACAACAAGCAUUGUGACACCAAUUACAAAGAGAGCAAACCGAUGGCACUUAAAGGUCGAUGGCACAAAAUUAAUCCAUCUGUUCAAAAGUUUGUUGGAUGCUACAAACAAGCUGUGUCUACACAACAAAGUGGAAGCUCCAAGAGCAAUAUCAUGCAAGCUGCAUAUAAAAUUUAUUUUCAAGAUGAAGGUGAAAAGUUUAUAUUUGAGGCUGCAUGGAGAUUAUUGAAAGAUGAACCUAAAUGGCUCGCGGGUUCAUCGGAAGCUUCUACAAAAAGAACAAAGAAUUCAGCUUCAGGAGCAUAUUCUUCAUCUUCUAAUCCACCGACACCAACGAGUAGCGGAUACAAUCCACCAUCGCCUACUUUGUCACGUCGUCCAAUCGGUCAAAAGGCAGCCAAAAGGAAAGAGAAGGAAAAGUUUAUUGAAAUGUCAACUACUCCCAAUAAAGAAAAAAAGGUUGAUGCAAAGAUUAAGAAGGCUGAGAGUGCGGAGGAAAGAUUGAAGAUGAAUGAUCUGCAAAUACUCUCCAAAGAUACAUCAAAUAUGAAUACACGACAACUACAAGCUCAUGAAAUAUUGUGCGACAUGAUUAGAGAAAAAUAUGGAAUUAAUUAG